AGUCACACUCUGAAUAGAGUGACUUUUGCUCUGGAGUGACAAAAGAGCAUUGGAGACAAUAAGGUGCUCCUAGAUGGCUGGCGAUUUAUUUAUGCUUGCCACACGUCCCACCACUUCACUCCAAGAAUGACACGCUUCGCCAGAUGUAGUUUUGCGAGAUAGGGAACUUUUGCCACGAUGCUGCCGCAGCCCAUCCAUGAUUUGCGUAGUCACCGUCAAGCAUGGUAUAGAAAACGUACGAUGGAUCAUAAAAAUGCGAAAAACUUUGAAAAAAUAGAGCACAACUGAUUAUAGAAGAAAAUAUUGUCUAUAUGGCGAGCGGACAAAAUGAGGAGUUCAGUGUGAAGGCCGGCCAAAACGUGGGCCAAGCACAAGUGAAGAGAGAUGAUUGCAAAGUAGACAACAACACCAACUCUUCUCAAACUUCAGGCUUUCUCCAGCAGAAAGGGGAGAAGGUGAAGAGCAUGGCACAAGGAGCAUCAGAGGCAGUGAAGAACAAACUGGGGAUGAACAAUGACAACGACGAUGAUUAUAAGAACAAGAACCCUUUGGACAGGAAGAAUCCUAACAACACAAGCUGUCCAAGCAUGCCUGGUCAUCCUCCUUCCGAUAUUUAACUUUGUUUUUUUCACAAAACGCAUCUUUUUGAAUUCCACUAAACUAUCUGUAAUAAUAACAAUAAAGGGAUCCACGCAAUACAUUCAACCCAACACAUGUUCAAACUUGGCUUUAGUCUUGGGAAUUCAAAAUAAAAAGAAGACAUGUUGAGACUUUGGUUAUAGUCUUGGGAGUGAUCUUUCUGUCUGAAACACCGCUUCUAUGGCUAGGAUUACCUCGUGCUCCAUCAAUGGAAUGAUUCCCUCAAUAAAAGGAGUUCUCAGAGACGUUUCAGUUUUGUUUGUCAGAGAUCUGCAACAGGGGAUGAUGAUGAUCUUCUGAAAUGGACAGAAAAUACAGAAACAGCUUAGGGUAGAAGUGAAGGAUGAGAAAAGCUCCAACUAAGACAAACAAGUACUAUCAAACCAAACAAAAAGAAAAGGAGAAACAUGUAGAGCAGUAAGAACUCAGUAGGGAAAAUUUCUAAACUUCAUUUUUCGUCCCACAUCGGUUUCUUGACUUAAUAUUUUGUUGUUUAAAUAAGUCCUCAAACCAAAGCUGUACGUCGAGCUCAGUAACAAGUGCUUGUGACCCAUGUGGGGACAAUAAGUUGGUUGAACACUGGCCCGGUCCUCGGGUCGGAUCUGUUGUGGCAAUGUUCUGGGCUGCCCAGUCCAAGCCGAGAGUGGUCUGUGUGUGUUGAGCGAAGGCUUGACUCAGGCGGUUCCUAAAGUGGAGGGCAAUGCGUGAGGCUGGUUUCACAGAGCAGCGAUCACCUCCCUCUCUCGGCAGUGGUCGGAUCACAGCUCGACGUCACUCAGAUCCACCAUGGCCUGCUGGCUCGUACCCAGCUGAACAACCAAUUUUUU